CACUGACAGAUUAGAUACAGAGACGCUGAGGGUUAAAUAAGAGAGCACAUCUCUGUUCUGUUAUCAAUAAUCAGUCUGACGACAACACCAUACAAACCCACACUGUAAGUGCUCAGCUGCCAAGAUGCCGGAACAAGGGCAAGAGAGGAAGUCCAAGAUCUCAGCCUCAAGAAAGCUUAUGCUAAAGAGUUUGAUGGUGGCCAAAGCCAAGGAGGAGCUGGAACAGGAAGUGUUAGAUAAAGAGGAAGAGAAGCAGAGGUAUCUGACGGAGAAAGCUCCUCCUCUACAGAUGCAGGGAAUGUCAUUCGCUGAGCUUCAGGUCCUCUGUCAAGAGCUUCAUGCUAAGAUUGAUGUGGUGGAUGAGGAGCGCUAUGAUAUUGAAGCCAAAGUCUUACUGAAUAAGCGUGAGAUCAAAGACCUGAACAUUAAGGUUCUGGACCUGAGGGGGAAGUUCAAGCGGCCCACCCUGAGGAGGGUGAGGGUUUCUGCAGAUGCCAUCCUCCGAUCUCUCCUAGGCUCAAAACACAAAGUCUCAAUGGACCUACGAGCCAACCUCAAAUCUGUGAAAAAAGAGGAUACUGAGAAGAAGAGGCCAGUUGAGGACAGUGACUGGAGGAAGAACGUGGAGGCCAUGUCUGGUAUGGAGGGAAGAAAGAAGAUGUUUGAUGCAGCAAAAGGCCCCACCCAGUGAAACCUUAGUGAAGAUUACUUUUGUUUGGCAACUAAAAGGUUAGGUUUAGAUUUGCAUACUAAAUAUAUCAUUUAAAUACCUUAAUAGUUCGGUUUUAUUUGAGGUGUCAUUAAACAGUUCAUUGAUAAGACAGUUCAUUGCAACUUCUCUGCAUUUGGUGCAAAUGAUUGCGCAACUUUCAUGUGGCCAAUAAGUAAAUAAUUACUUGCUUAGUUUAUCUUUUAUUAUGUCAAUAUUCAGUUAUGAGAAAUAGUUAAUGAAAGGUGUACCAAUGUAUUAAGUGAAUAAACAAAGUGAAACAUUUGUUGAUGUACGAGACUCAUUAUACAUGUAUAGCCUUAACAAAACUUUCCCAUACUCUGUUUGACAUGUUUUCUGAUAAUCUGGCUAUGAAUUACUAUUUAAAAAAGAUCAUAAUCCUGAAUGAAAUUAAACUUAGAAAAGAAAAAAAAACACAAAUAAAAGCUCAUGCAAAUUGUAUGCAGGUAAAAAGGUGUAUGCUAACAUAAGUGCGAUAACUUCUUUUUGCAUGUUAUACCAGUAAAAUGCUUGAAAAAUUAA